ACCUUGGAUACAAGUCAUAGAGCUUCUGAACUCCAAAAAGAAUCUCGAUUUCUUCCCCAAAGUACACUUAUACGUUUCGACAACUUACAAUUUUACAAAUCACAAAAUAAUUAUAACUAUAUUGAAAAAAAAUAAUCAAAUCAAGGAAAGCAUCUAGGCUUCUCCGUUGACGUCGUCGUCUUCUUCUACGUCUUUCUCGAUCCACUGUGAGAUAUCUUCGCCUAAAAGAUUAGGGCUUUUGGAGUCUGCCACGAAUUUGGUUUGUUUUUGAUAAGGAAUAGGAUCGAUGAAAGGAGAAGUACAGCUGGAGGCGUUGGGAGGGCCUAAUCCUAGCGACACCGAUCCUCUGCUCCACGGCCAGCAUGUGGACUCGUCGCCGUCGUCUUCAUCUGCAUCGGAGAGCCCCAACGAGAUAAAGGUCGAAGAUUUGGAGACUGGUUCGCUGCCUUGCUGUAGAAUCUGCCUCGAAUGCGACGGGGAAGAUGAUGAUGAAUUGAUCUCACCAUGCAUGUGCAAGGGCACCCAGCAGUUUGUGCACCGUGCUUGUCUUGAUCAUUGGCGAUCAGUCAAAGAGGGAUUUGCAUUUUCACAUUGCACUACUUGUAAAGCUCAAUUUCAUCUUCGGGUGGCGGAGUUAGAGGACAACAGUUGGAGAAAAGUAAAGUUCAGACUCUUUGUGGCUAGGGAUGUUUUCCUUGUGUUUUUGGCUGUACAAACUGUGAUUGCAGUGAUGGGCGGCUUGGCAUUCCUUAUGGAUAAAGAUGGAACAUUUAGGAAUUCAUUCAAUGACAGUUGGGACCGCAUAUUGUCCAAACAUCCUAUUCCCUUCUAUUACUGUAUAGGAGUGCUUGCGUUCUUUGUGCUGCUCGGAUUUUUUGGGCUCAUACUACAUUGCUCCUCGCUUAAUAGCAAUGACCCACACAUGGCUGGUUGUCAGAACUGCUGUUACGGCUGGGGUAUCUUGGAUUGCUUUCCUGCAUCAAUGGAAGCGUGCUUUGCACUGGUUAUUAUUUUCGUAGUUAUCUUUGCUAUUCUGGGCAUUGCAUAUGGUUUCCUUGCUGCUACCAUGGCCCUCCAAAGGAUCUGGCAGAGACACUACCACAUCCUCACAAAGAGAGAACUUACACAGGAAUAUAUAGUGGAAGAUCUUCAUGGCUGCUAUACCCCACCAAAACUGGACAAAGAACACGAAGAACGUCUUAAAAUGCUCAAACUCUUAUAGGAUGAGAAAUUUGAAUCUUUAAACGCUUGUUUAUAAUCAAUAUAAUGUCUCGAGCUUCAAAAGUAUACGGUUAAGUUGAUUUAACCUGCCUUUAUAUUUUCUUGAUCUUGACUUUUGGUGUACCUUUAGUUGCUCAGCAAGAGAGCUGAUUCUGGUGAAUGACUAUGAACAAUACUCACAUAUUUUGGAUUUAUAAAGAAAGUAAUUUCACAUUUCUGGUUUUAGGUUU